GCGGCUUCUUGAAAAGCUGGGUGCGUUGUCGUCUGCUUUUGGAAUCAGGGGACUCAAACCUGCUAAUCCAAGCCCACCUUGUUAGAGCAUCCAGGCCCACUAAGUUUCAACUUGUACGUGCAUCGGUCGAUGCUUGAGUUUGAAUCGGAAACAGUUGCUUGCUUCGAUAGCGUUCCAACACGAACCCUCAUCUACUCUAAGGGUUUAUUUUCUUUCUCUGCCACGCGUACACAAAACAAGAGCGCCGCCACCGGCGGCGGCGACCGAUCGACAUUGCCCAGGGUGCUCCGGAGAUAAAUACGUGUGGUGAGUGGUGAAUCUUCGAUAGAGUUGAAAGCCAGGGAAGGAGUCAGGGAAGACACCAGAGAUGCAGGCGACAAAGCGAAAUCAGAGGAAUCGGACGCCUGUGAAGCCUCAAAAACCAGCCAGGGUAACGUCUGAGAUGAGGAUAGCUCAAGGGGUUUCCAUGAUCAGAAAGUUGACGCCUGAAGAAAGGGCCAGGAUUAUUGCCCAUUCAAUGGCUGAAAAAUCUGCCGACGAAGCUGCUGAGGCGAAAGAUGAAGAUGGAGAUGAUGAUGAGGAGGCUGCACCGGCGCAAUGCGAGGAAGAAUCGUUCGCCGCCAAAUUUCACUCUUUGUGGAACAGAUUCUACGCGCGCUGUGGUGUUACCUUCGACCAAACCACAUCUAUCCCUGCCAUGUGCCACACGAAUCCUUCCUCUGAUCGCUCGGCCGAGGCCAUGGACACUCUGCAGAUCAUGUCAGUCAAAGUUACAUCAAUAGGAGGGGAUUUGCACUGGCCACUGCAGGUGUUUGGUAUCGUUGCUGCACGUGAUUACUUGGAUCGUAAACGCAACAUUGUUUUCCACCGGCCGAGGAACGACUGCCAAACCAUCACCCAGGAUGAUUGUUGCCUAGCACUGACGGGUCCUACCCGUGCCAUUGUCGUUUCGUAUGAUCCUACAUACGUCGAGGUUUCGCUCAAAGUGAAGGGCGCCACUCAAUCCGAGGAUAAAGAUUUAAGUUCUCUUGUUGUAGUGUUCAAAGAUGGAUCUUGUCCUCAAGGUGUCUACCCUAGCAGGCUUAGCACCCUGGAAAUUAAAUAUGGUCACAUUUACCGCUCGGUGGAGGCCACGGUCUUCAUAAGAAUCAUCGGCGGGUCGUGGCCAGAUGGUUUUCGGGGUGUGUUCAGUGCCACCUCCAGCAGUGAUGACAACAUGAAAUUCAUGUUACUUGACUCUGAAGAUGGUGGAUUGCCGGUUGAUGCCAACGGUGUGAUCGCGCUCACACGGCGUGUGGUCUCUGUUGGACUUGAGAGGAGCCUGAAGGUUUCUGCAAUGGCAUUUCCAGUUAACGAGGGACAUGCUGCUGAGACCAGCGAAGCAGUUUUAAAACCUCGUAGAGCCGGUGUAAGCCUCGUCAAUCUCUGUGUUGGCUCUUGUAGUAUGGAAGUUCGUGUUGCUUGGUCCUGUUUUUGUGAGUGUUGACAUGAGACCACCUUAUAACUCGUUUAACCCGUGCAUUAUAUGUCGGUGUAGUGGUGUGGUCGCAUUUGUUCUAGCGGUGUAUGGAAGAAAUAUGUUCCUAAUUUUGUAGUAGUGGGAAUGUGGCAUCUGUUCUAGUGGCCAGGUGGUGUUUUAUUAGUGGUGUAUAUGCUAGAAGCCUCCUAUUCCAAUUUCCAAGUGGUGUUUUGUACUAGCUUCAGUGAGACUAGUUGGAAAGGAGAUACGUGGCUUGAGUGUGUAGUCACUUUCAGAUGUUGUUCAUUUGUUGUAUCCAGCAUCCA